AUGUCGAAUCCUGCGGUCGUGGAGGCCGGAGGAAACUUUGAUAGUUUUGGCCACAUGGCGAAAUUUGGCUUGGGUGCACACAAGAACACAAUUUCGGAAGGUCGCGUCCAUGUGAUCAUGAGAAUGACGCUCUGGCUCACAAUCCCCACGUUUAGCCUGACAACGGCGCUCGUAAAGUCGUCGAUCCUCGUAUACCUCCUCCAGUUUACCAUGUCCAGGCGGUGCAUUGGCUUCAUCUACGGCACCCUUGUCACAGUGGUGCUCUACUGCUUCAUAGCCGCCGUCUCGGUAAUGGCGUGUGCGGGCAAGGAGGUGCAAUCUCUGAAUAGGCAUGUGGCCAACACCAUCUUCGCCGUGGCAGCAUUCUUCAACACGGGUACGGAUACGGUUAUUCUGCUGCUGCCACUAUGGCUAGUCAGACCAUUACAAAUGCCUCUCAAGAGGAAGGUCGGGGUUGGACUGGUCCUCAUGGCCGGUGGCUUCGUCGUCGCCAUCAGCAUCCAGCGCGUCAUGGCCACCCUAGCUCUCCCCAGCACCGACGACAUAAUCUACCAGGGGGGACUUUCAGCCUUAUGGGGCUGCGUAGAGAUAUGGUCUGGGAUAUUGUGCGCUUGCCUCCCGACGCUGAAGCCAUUCAUUGGCCACAUUACGGGGCCCAAGAGGUCACCGCCGAGAUAUUCACCUCCUCCGCCGGAACAGGGAGUUUCCAACAAGAGCCACAGGAUGAGCGGGAGGUCACGGUCUGGGGACCCGUGGGCCAUGUCGGCCGGGUCGACCAGAACCACAAUGGUCUCAGUGGAGUGGCCAGAGCAGGCGUGGGUUGUAGGAAGCUUGCGCAGGGGAAUGGGCUCGGCAUGUACUUGUACGGCAGAAAAGGGAGGCAGGCGCCAGUUUGAGCCCCAUCAGAUGUGUUGACUCUUAAAAUGGUGGCAAGUCCAGUAGAUCGCAAAGCUUGAUUCGGGAUGCCGGGGCCCAGGGGUAUAAGUUUCAAGGGUCAUCAAGGUGACAAAGUAUCAAGAAAUCGCUCCAAAUCUACUCGCAU